AUGUGGAUAAUCGCUAUUGUGUUUUUGGUCGGGACAGUCUUCCUCUACAGCAACACGCGCGGCGGAGAUGGAGACCCCGAGGGAGAAGUCGUUCUCAAAAUCAAUAACGCAGAAGUUAAGCGCGGAGAGUUUGAAAGUGCUGUUGCCAACGCUAUGGAAUCUCAAAGGCAGAACCAACGGUUCGGCGCACCCGACAAGGAGCAGAUACAAAAAAACGUGAUUGAUCGUUGGGUUCAACAAACUAUUCUCGGAAGUGUGGAUAUUGGCGACGCGGAAGUAAAAAACUAUAUCCGAAGUGACGCGAGUCGGGUUGAAGAGUACAACCUCUACCAACAGUGGGGGGUAGCAGACCUCUAUACCGACAAUGUCCGUUUGCAACUCAGUACCGAUGCGCUCCGAAAUAGUGUUCAGGCUCUGGAAUUGGUAACCGACACUGAAGCGGAACGAGCCUACCAACUUGAAGCGGAUAAAGCGAAAAUCAAGUUUAUCGAAUUUAAAUACAACGACUACACCUCAAUGAUUGAGGUUGACGACGCAGCAGCGAAAGCCUAUUUUGAGGAAAAUCGGGAUAACUAUAAAGUUGAAGAACAGGUAAAUGUCAAGUUUAUCAAGGUGAAUCCUGCGGAUCUGGUUUCAGAUGAAGAUAUUAGGACAUAUUACGAGGAAAAUCAGAAAGAAUUUACGACACCGGAAGCCGUUAAAGCACGCCACAUUUUGAAAAAGUUCCCUGACAACGCGACGGACGAACAGAAGGCAGAAACCAAAACCGCCGCGGAAGAGCUGCUCAAAACCGUCAACGCAGAACUCGCUGCCGGCGCGGAUUUCGCCGAACUCGCGAAAAAGCAUUCGGAGGGUCCCUCCGGAGCACAAGGUGGUGCCUUGAGAGGCGGAAAUCUGAAACUCCCACCGGGUGACUAUUUCGCACGUGGCGAUAUGGUAAAACCUUUUGAAGAAGCAGCUUUUGAUACCCUAAAACCCGGAGAAGUCAGCGGUUUGGUCGAAACCAGUUACGGGUAUCAUAUUAUCAAAUUGGAGGAGAAGAAGUCGCCGGAAAUACAACCUUUUGAGCAGGCACAAUUUGAGAUUGGACAAAAACUUGUUCAGGUGAGCGGCGUUGACAAGGCGAAAAAAGUUGCUGAGGACCUGUUGUUUGAUAUCGAAAUUCAGGACUAUGAUAAGGCACUCGCACUUGAAGCGUAUAAGCAACUUUCUCUCGCUGCGCUGGAAACAGGAUUUUUCAGUCGAGAUGCCACGACUAUUCCGCAGAUUGGCGCGACAUGGGGCUAUCAAGGUUUAGUGGAUGAACUUUUUGAUAUGGAAGUCAACGUAAGCCAGGUGAUUGAAGCAAAGAAACGAACUGGGCAGGAGGUGGAAGCCUAUUUUGUCGCUACCAUCCUUGAUAAGAAACCUGCGGCUAUUCCACCCUUUGAAGAGAUAAAAAAAGAGCUCGUUGAACGGGAAGAACCGGAUGUUGAGGCGUUCAAAACGGAUCCGGCGGAGAAAGCCCGGCACCGUCAAGCACUCAUCCAAGCCAAAAAGCGAGAAGCAUACUUGAACUGGUUCGCCGCACGCAAAGAGGCAAGCGAACUCUGGAUACAUCAAGAUUAUCGUUAG